AUGGGCGCUCAGUUAUCAUUGCUGGCACAAACGGCACCAUCUAUUGCCAUUUCAUCUUAUGUUGAUGUUCUAGAUGAGGUCCAUUAUCAAUCUCAAUUAAACGCCAGUAGGUUUCUAAAGACUUGCAGGGCAUUGGAUCCUAACGGAGAAAUUGUGGUAAAAGUAUUUUUAAAGCCAACUGAAUCAUAUGACUUAAAGAAGAUACAUGAUAAAAUUGAGAGACAAUCGUUGAUACUACGACAACUUCCAAAUGUUUUGAAUUAUAGCAAAAUUAUAUACACUGACCGUGCAGGAUACCUUAUAAGGCAACAUUUGAAAACUAAUUUAUAUGAUAGACUAAGUUUACGGCCUUUUCUUCAAGAUAUUGAACUAAAGUUUAUGACGUUUCAAUUGUUACAGCUCAUGUCAGAUAUACAUAUGAGAGACAUUACCCAUGGCGAUAUCAAGACGGAAAAUAUAAUGGUUACCAGCUCUAAUUGGCUCAUUUUGACAGACUUUUCUGAAUACAUAAAACCAAAAUAUUUACCGGAAGAUAAUCCCGGUGAAUAUGCUUUUUAUUUUGAUACGUCACAACGCAGAACUUGCUAUUUAGCACCAGAACGAUUUAAUACAGAACGAUACAAUUCUGAAACUAGCAAUAAGCUUGAUAAAGAAAUGGAUAUAUUCAGUCUGGGCUGUUGUAUCUUUGAAUUAUUCACCGAGGGCAGACCUUUAUUUAACCUUGCCCAACUCUUCAAAUAUAAGAAUGGUGGGAACGACGCAUUAGAAACGAUACGAUCAGAAAUUAAAGAACCCGCCCUGCAAUCAUUGAUACUAGAUAUGAUUGCUAUAGACCCAAAAAACAGACUCAGUGCUCGGACAUUACUAUCAAAAUAUAGAGGUGUGUUGUUUCCGGAAUCAUUUUAUUCUUUUGUUUAUGAAUAUUGCAGAAAUUUAGUUCGACCAGCAUCUCCUACCAAUGGAAGUAAGACUACUAUGAGUUCCACCUUAGAAGAGAGAAAAUAUGAUUUGGAUAUCAUAGUGAGUGAUAUUUAUAAGGACUUUUCAAAGAUAUGCACUGUCGCUGAAUUUCCAUUCAAGAAAUUUUCUGAAGGGGAUGAUAAAGAUCAUGUUGACUUUGUAAAUAAAUCAGUUACAAUUAGCGGUAUUGGGAAGAUAGAACUACAGUCAUUCAACAGUAUGAAGAGUGAUUCCGUGAGAAACCAAAGUUCCCUUAUUUUCCUUUCCAUUCUUUUGCAUUGCUUACGAAACCUAGCAUAUCCAAAAAAUAAACAAAGAUGCCUUGAAAUGAUAUUGGCUUUAAGUCAGUAUGUAUCUGACGUCAACAAACUUGACAGAGUUUUGCCAUUUAUGAUGGUUAUGAUAUUUGAUGAAAAUAGUAACGUUAAAGCACUGGCUAUCAAAACGGUUGCACAACUUUUACUCAUAACAGAAGAAGUUAAUCGUUCAAAUGCGAAUAUCUUCAUAGAUUAUAUUUUGCCUAGGCUAAAUCGGCUUUGUCAAUCUGCUCAAGCAGAUUCUUAUGUUAGUAUAGUAUUGGCAAACACUUUAGGACAUUUUGCUAAUACUGCAAUAAGGUUUCAUGAAAUCUCGUAUCUAUUAAGCUUCCAAUCUUCGAAUCCUGCAGAAGUCAAUCGAUUACACAAAGUUGGAAAAAAGCUUCUAAGACAAUUUGAAGAGAUCACGACUACACUAUUGACUGCGCCGGAACCUCAAGUAAAAGAAGCUCUACUACAUAAUAUCCUUCCUAUUUGUCAUCUUUUCGGGAAAGAAAGGACUAACGAUGUCAUAUUAAGUCAUUUGAUUACAUACUUAAAUGACAAAAACGCUGCUUUGAGGAUAGCAUUGAUUAAAUCUAUUACUGGUGUUUCUGUGUUACUGGGAUCUGUUACCUUUGAACAAUAUAUCCUACCACUCUUAGCUCAAACACUAUGUGAUUUGGAAGAGACGGUUGUUAUUACAGUCUUACAGAGUUUGAUCAGUUUCUGUAAACUUGGCCUCUUAAGGAGCAAGUAUUUCUAUGAUAUUGCCACAGAGGUCUCCACUCUUAUUUUACAUCCCAAUUUCUGGAUAAGAGAAUACACCAUACUUUUAAUAAUCGAAAUGGCUUCAAAGCUCUCAAAAUCUGAAUUAUACUGUGUUAUGUAUCCCGUGAUCAAACCAUUUUUUGAGUUUGACGUUGAAAUGACGUGGGAAUCACUUUACAUUAGUGCUAAGAAGCCAAUCUCCAGAAACGUUUACAAUUUAUUGUGUACUUGGUCAUUACGUUCAUCAAAGUCUUUGUUUUGGAAGCAUAUGCCAGGAAAAGAGGUUAACUCAUUUGGAAACAAUACAAUUGAGUUCAUAACGAAGCAACAUUCAGCGAAAAAUUACGGUUUUCAGACUAACCUCAAGAAUUCAAAGACUAAUAUAACAUCUGUUACAAACAUGGAUAUACCUCUGACAGCAGAGGAUAGGAAUUGGGUAGAUAAGAUUAAGAAUGUAGGCUUGUCAGAAACUGAACUAUGGAAAUUGGCUGCUCUUAGAACUUAUGUUUUCAGAGUUUCCAAGAUGCUUUCUAGAAAACCAGAGUCUGAUAUGAAUGAGUUUGGAAAUAUUCUUGAAGACAAGGGCUUGUUGGGCCUUCCACAAAAUAUAUUUUUUGACAUUGAAGCAAUUGACGAAGGGAAACAACUUAACACACAUGUCAUACUCAAGCAUAAAACCUCAGGAGAUGCUCUCAAUAACAUUCAAAAGGCUCCUCUGCCUCAUCUGUUGCAAAGACCAAUUGAUAUGAACGGUUCAUUGAUUUUAACUCCGAGGUCUCAACCUAUAAUAAAUUCAACGUUCGAGAAUGUUUACAUUCAAUUCGAACCAAGAACUCCUCCUGUUUCUGCGGGGUCUGCAGAGUCCCCGCACUCUUCUAAUGAAACUAAAUUCCGUGUCACAAACAGUUAUAAUGGGAGACAAGCAUCUGUUAGAAAAUUCUUGAAAUCUGUUGAUGUUAAACCGCCUUUAAGAUGUUUUAAAGAAUUUGGAGAGACUUUCCAAGAGUCAUCGAGAGAGCCAUCAUUUUCUGUAUUCAACUCUUUGAAGUUUAUUUCAAGCUUGAGUGAUCACAAACCUGCAUCCGUCGUUACCAUUACCACUAAUGAAUACAUCUCAUAUGUGGUAAGUGGUUCUGAUGAUGGGUAUUUGAAAGUAUGGGAUUUGUCUAAGAUAGAAAAGGGAUUAAUAUUCAAACCAAGUAUCAAUCACGAAUUAGGGUCUUCCAUAACGGGUAUAAAAUUUGUCGCGCAUUAUGAUGUUAUUAUCGUAUCCACUACUGAUGGGCGCAUCGGUGUCUUCAGAAUUGUUUUCAAGAAUCAUUUAAAGAUAAAAGAAAUUGAUACUCUAGAAACCAUCAGAAAUUUCACGCAUAAGGUGCCGGGACGGUAUUCUGUUGAUAUAGCCUAUAUUAACAAUGAUUUGAGACCAUGGAUCACCACUGUUACGAAUGAUUCUCAGAUUGUUAUUAUAGAUAUUACGGACAUGUCGGUCGUCUAUGAGGUUCCCAUAUCGCCAAUAUAUGGAACAGUUCUUUGCACAUCUGUUAGCUCAGAUGGACAUUGGCUCCUCUGUGGAACAACUCAUGGAGCUCUACUUCUUUGGAACUUAACAUUUAGAGUUUUGGUAAAGUCUUGGACUUUUGGUGAAAGUAGCCCGAUUAAGAAAGUUGAAUUGAUUCGGAAGGACCAUAGAAAAGCGGAAUAUAGCGCAAUAGUCACAGGUGGUAAUAACGAUGCUUUAUUCACCAUCUGGAAUUUGACUCGUGUUCAAGCGGAGGAUGUAGUAUCUAUGGCGAAUGUAGAUAUUUCUCUUGAUUCCGUUCUAGGAAAGCCUUUCAAAAGAGUGCCCAAAAGUAUUAAAAAUGUUACCUUUGAUAACAAUUUUGUUUGUGACUUUAUAGUGAAACAGGGAAACAUAUACUACGCUGAUGGGUUAUCAUCUGAGAUUUUCAAAUAUAAUAUAAAGACGAAGUCGAACAUUCCGUUGUUGUCAGCACAGAAGGAUUUAGAAAAGCCAUUGACAACUAAGCUAACAUUAAACUGUUCACUUACAACAUUCCGCAACCCUAGUAAUCGUAACGCUCAAGAUCUUGUUUCGUACUAUCACACUGAUCUCAUCAACUCAAUGAGCUUUGGUAUGUUACGUUCAUCACCCGCACUAAUUUCUGCCGAUAACUCUGGAAUGAUACACAUAUAUGCAUUACAGAAAUGA